ACCCAGAACACAACCUGUUCCAGCUUCUCCCCUCUGAACAAUGGGCCUCCUGCAGCUCCUGAAAUCCCAGUUUUUGAGUCACCUGAUCAUCUGCUAUGUGUUCCUGGCCAGUGGCCUCAUUAUCAACCUGUUGCAGCUCUGUACUUUACCUCUGUGGCUGGUCAGUAAGCAGCUGGCCCGCAGGAUCAACAUCAGACUGGGCUACUGCAUAACUAGCCAGAUGGUAGCUGCCCUGGAGUGGUGGUCUGGGACAGAAUUUACGCUCUACACAGACCCAAAGAGUUAUCCGCUGAUUGGAAAUGAGAAUGCAAUUGUGGUUCUCAACCACAGUUUUGAUAUAGACUUCCUGUGUGGCUGGACCAUCUGUGAGAGAUUCGGAGUUCUUGGGAGCUCCAAAGCAUUGGCCAAAAAAGAGUUGAGUUAUGUACCUGUUAUUGGCUGGAUGUGGUACUUUUUGGAGAUAGUCUUCUGCAAGAGGAAGUGGUUGGAGGACCGAAGGACAGUUGCUAAGAGUGUUCAGAACCUGCGGGAUUACCCAGAAAACUACGUGUUCUUGCUUUACUGUGAAGGGACACGCUUCACACCAAAGAAGCACCAGGUCAGCAUGCAGGUGGCUGACAGCAAAGGUUUACCCAAACUGAAGUAUCAUCUUCUGCCCAGGACCAAAGGAUUCUGGGUAACUGUCCAAAACCUCAGAGGAACUGUUGCAGCUGUGUAUGAUUCCACACUGAACUUCAGAAACAACGAAAUGCCAACCUUGCUUGGAAUCCUUAAUGGGAAGAAAUAUCAUGCAGACAUUUAUUUGAGGAGAAUCCCUCUAGAGUUGAUCCCAGAAGAUGAAGCAGAGUGUGCUGCAUGGCUUCACAAACUCUACCAGGAAAAGGUUAGAGUGUGUUGAAGGUGGAGG